AUGACCAGGACUCCUAAAUCCCUCGCUAAAGCAUGUCUACCCUGUCGAUCUCGAAAGAUCCGUUGUGACACGAUCCGGCCUCGCUGUUCGACUUGCAAGACCCAAGGCCGGGAAUGUAUAUAUCGGGUGGAGACGCCACGGCAGAGACCGACCCUGGCUGAAAUAGACCGGUUACAACGAGAGAACACAGAACUCAAAUCUUUCAUCAUCAAACUGAAAGGUGAAGAGGGAAACAAACCCAGCCUAGCAGUGGCCGAAGGUCUUGAAUCCAACCAGAAUUCACAUAGCCAGAACCGCCGGCAAAGCCUUGACAGCCUAGCUACCUCUUCGAAUGAAGAAUUUGACGUUGCACCUUUUAUAUCUGUAGAUGAGGCAGGUCAACCUGGCAGUUUUGGCCCUUCAUCUGCCCUGCAUUAUCCGAAUAAAAGCGUAUCAUUGUCCACAGUGCCUUCGGCUCAAUUGUUGAACAGAGAGCACAUGAAAAAUAAGCUUAUAGCUAAUGCAGCCUUACAAAGACAAAAUGAGCGUCUGCUAUUUCAUCUCCCAGACAUUGAUGGCGUGCCUACUGAGCUCGCCCUGCAUCUAUUAGAUGUACACUGGGCUCGGCAACAUCACACCUUUCUUCUAACCUAUCGCCCGGCAAUCAUGCGUGAUCUGCCUAAAGGCGAUGGGCCAAACUGCUCUCGAUUUUUGCUGAAUGCCAUCUUUGCCUGCGCAAGCAAGUUUUCCUCCCGUCUUGACGUACGCGAGGACCCAGGUGAUCCGGCCACGGCAGGCCGGCGGUUCUUUCGCCGCUGUGACGAGCUCCUGGCCCAGGAAUCACAUCUCAUUCGCCCAAGUAUUCCAACAAUAAUAGGUCUUUUGCUUCUUGGGUCUACUUUUAAUGCCCGUGGCGAAACUUCAAAGGGCUGGUUAUACACAGGCUAUGCUCUGCGCAUGGUCUAUGAUCUGGGAUUACAUCUCGACCCCAAGGAGACCAAUGACGACGCUGAAGAAACGGAGAUCCGUCGCCGUGUGUUUUGGGGUGCUUUCGUCUGCGACAAAAUACAAAGUCUCUACCUCGGCCGGCCGGUGGCUAUGAACCUACGCGACUCGCAUGUCAGUCGUGAGUUCCUUGAUACAUUCGAGGAACAUGAGCUGUUCAUACCGGCUCCUGAUUCGAAAUUGCAUACAUCAUCCUCACAACCCCCGAUAUAUUCUAUCUCUACUUUCCAACAGCUCUGUCUUCUAUCUAGGAUCAUGACCAAGAUCACCAAUCACUUCUACACAGUCGGCGGAGUGCGUUCCCCAAGCUCCGCCACCACUAGUCUCCAGCUCGCGGACAAAGCCCUCAAUUCCUGGAAAGAAAACCUACCAACUGAACUAGAAUUCAAGCCAUGGUCACGUUGUGAUGUUCAUCCACAACCCCAUCCAGCUCCCAAUGUAAUGAACCUUCACGGCAUCUACAACUCCCUUAUCAUCCUCCUCCAUCGACCUUUCAUCUCCGACGGCCAUCUACGAUCCAUUACAACGUCAGCUUCAUCAUGGGGCCGCUGCACCACAGCUGCCAAGAGUAUCACGAGUAUCUCGCUGGCAUAUAAAUCCGCAUACGGUCUCCACGGCGCACCCUAUAUUCUCAGCUACGCCAUCUACGUAGCAUGCACAAUCCACGUCCGUAACGCCUUCGCAAAUGCUCACCACAAGGAGCAUAUCUCCCGCUUAGCGGCAGGUCUCGUCUGCCUCGAUGAGAUCUCCGUGGCGAAUCCUGGCGUCUGUAAGCCCGCAAGCAUUAUACGGAAACUGGCUGAGACAAGCAAGCUUGACCUUUCCGUGGGCGAUACAAUGACUCCUGCUUCUCAGGUUGAGAUUGUUUCUCCGGCGGAUGGCUCGAAUGGUGGGUUUGAGCUCGAUGCUAUUGUUGGGAUGUUCCCGAGCAGAUCUUCUGUUUUUGGUAAUGGUGAUGGUAUAGAGUUUCCUACUCCUGGGCAGGAACAUGAUACGGGUUUGUUUGGACUUGAUAUUCCGUAUGAUCCGUUGUUUGGGUUUAUGGAUGCUUCGUUGGAUUGGCCUGGGUCAGAGACGGCUCUUUUGUUUGCUGAGAAUCCAUGA